AUGAUUGUUCUACUGAUCCUUGCAAGUUUGUCAGGAACCCUGAGUGAAACUGAUAUGUCUUGCAAGUCGUUCAUUUUCUCCAAGGACUACAGUGUCCCUGCCGAACUGAUUCAUAAUACUGACGGUACAUAUUCCAGAUUCACGGUCUGCCUGAGAUCCUGCGCAAAUCUAACAGAGAGCGUCAUGUUCAGCCUGCUGAGUGGACUCCAAUUUGACUAUCUGUUCUUAAUUCUUGGAAGCGGUUCUGACACCAACACCGGCUUGAUUUGGGUGGAAGGACAAAGAGUGGAAGUUGAUUUCCCAUCUAACCACAAACUAAAGUGGAGAAGUAUCUGCCUGAGCUGGGACUCGCCCAAUGGCGAGAUGUUGGUAUGGGUGAAUGGAGAGACCGUCAAGAGGACAGAGCUACUGAAAAGGGGAGUGACCUAUGUCAAUCCCCGGACUUUUAUUGGGCCAGGUCAAAUUUUCCUAGGUGGUAAACCAAAGUUAGAUGUGGGGGAGAUUACAGAUGUCCAUGUGUGGGAUAGUGUGCUGACCUCACAGGACGUCAAGGAUUUUCAUAGCAAGAAAGGAAAAGUGUCUAUAGAGACGACCUCCGAAGCCUUUGCAGUUGCUCACAACUGUGUACACAUUCACAUCAGAGAUGAAGAUCCAGAAAACAUUGACUUAUUGGGCGGUAUUCAAUUAUUUCCACCCCCUUCCACACCUGUUCUAUUUCUGCUGACGGGCGUGGUAUCAUCAUUUCAGCUCCCCCCGGGGUAG